AAAAAUGUUGUUCUUGGGGUUUUUCUUGUGUGUGUCCCCAAUUUUCACCAGAGCAUUGGAUAAUGGACUGGCUUUAACACCUCCGAUGGGCUGGCUGUCUUGGGAAAGAUUUACUUGCAACAUUGACUGUGACAACGAUCCCAAAAACUGCAUAAGCGAACAGCUAUACAUGGACAUGGCCGACAGACUGGUAGCAGAUGGAUAUAAAGAGCUUGGCUAUGAAUAUGUGAACAUAGAUGAUUGUUGGAUGGAGCGAAAGAGAGAUUCCAGCAAUAGGUUAGUACCAGACCACAAGAGAUUUCCUAACGGCAUUAAAGCACUUGCAGACUAUGUGCAUUCCAAAGGUUUGAAAUUAGGAAUCUAUCAGGAUGUUGGAACGAACACGUGUGCUGGAUAUCCUGGUAGUCAAGGGUUUUAUGAUAUUGAUGCAUCUACUUUUGCUGAGUGGGAAAUUGAUAUGUUGAAGGUUGAUGGAUGUUACGCGGAUCCCAAGGAUAUGGAUGAUAUGUAUCCAAAAUAUUCUAUUGCAGUGAACAAAACGAGUCGUCCAAUCCUCUUUUCUUGUGAAUGGCCACUUUACCAGCAGCAAACUGGAAUCAAACCAAAUUAUAAAGAAAUUGCGAAGUAUUGCAACAUCUGGAGAAAUGAUCACGAUAUUGAUGAUUCUUGGUCAAAUGUUUUGGACGUGAUUGACUAUUAUGCAGCUAAUCAAGAUGAGCUGGCAGCAGUAGCCGGACCCGGUCACUGGAACGACCCAGACAUGAUUCUAGCUGGAAAUUUCGGGUUGAGCUAUGAAGAAGCUAAAGCGCAGUUAAUGUUGUGGUCUAUAUUUGCAAGUCCUCUUCUAAUGUCCAAUGAUUUGCGGAACAUUGAAAAGCAAUUUAGUGACUUAUUGAAAAACAAAGAAAUAAUUGCCGUAAAUCAAGACCCCUUGGGAAAGAUGGGGAAAAGAAUCAAAAAGAUAAACAACGUAGAAAUAUGGGUAAGGCCAAUAUCGCCUGUUGUUGGAAGCAAAUAUUCUUUCGCAGUAGUGGCAUUUAAUAGAAAUACAUUAGGUGGACCCCAGAAUGUUUCUGUCCAGUUAAGUUCAAUUGGAUUGGACAGUGCAUCGUGCUAUAUCAUUUAUGAUUCGGCCACACCUGAGAAGAAAACUAAACUGUGUCCUAAGGAUAACAUUGUUAUUAAGGUAAAUCCAUCCGGUGCAACAAUGACCAUAGCUAAACUUAACAAAAAUUUCUUCUUUAAACAUUAAGAGGAUAUCUGAGAAUUUUCAAUUGUGUUUUCAGUUGCAAUGUUUUCAUUGAAUAUUUUUUAUGAAAGUUUUAGUAAAAUGAGUACUUAAACUUAAAAUAACAUAGGAAACAUUUCAAAAAUAUAUGUAUUAAGCAAUAAAUAGAUUGGACAGUGGAUCGUGCUAUAUCACUUAUGAUUCGGCCACACCUGAGAAGAAAACUAAACUGUGCCCUAUGGAUAAAAUUGUCAUUAAGGUAAAUCUUUCCGGUGCAACAAUGACCA